CCAAACGAAGCAGCUCCUGUGGCUGAGUCCUCCGUGCCGUUGCCAGCCCCUUCAGUCGCCGGUUUGAAGCUCCUGGCCCUGUCUCGGCACAGGUCGGUUGGAAGCAAGGUCCUCGGCCCCUUGGCGCGCCCGCAAGGGCGAACGCCGUUGGAAUCUGCGACCGUCAUGGCAGGGUACUACAAUUCCUGGCAGGCGAUGG